AUGUUGCACUCACUUCGUUUUCUUUUCCUUUUGCCAGCAUCUGUUGUGCUGGCUUCUCCCAUCCUAGCCCACACCACGAAAAUAACAGAAAAGACAUUUUAUCCCAUUGCAGAUACGACGAUCGACCAGUAUGGAGAGUCUCAACUGAUGCCACACUACUCGGGUGCCUUACUUUAUUUCGAGAAGCCAGCAACAACACCCUCGAUGUCCACUGCGUUCGAUACAACACAUCCUAUGGUGAUCCUGGAGAACUCGGCAAGGAUUGAUUACAGCUGUGACACCAGCAAUUCGCGUUUGGCAGUACGCGCUUUCGACGAUGAAAGCAUGGAUCUGAUCAGAUCAUGGCCUGAUGAUCUGGUUGUUGUCACAAACAAAGUCAGCUGCAACUCCAAUGAUGAAAGAGGCAUUUUCCUCAUCACUGGUCGUGAGGAGAGUGAGGACAGUACGAGAGAUGGAAUGGAACCGCUGAUCUUCCAUCUUUCCCGAAAGGAGUUGAAGGAUGUCGCCACGACCGUGCAUGUUGCGUAUCUUGAUUCGGUCUUCGAUCAACACAAUUCGACUCCGCUCAAGACGCAAUAG